GAUCUCCGAUAUUGAAGGUGAGAGACAGAGGCGGACUUGAAGGUGAUCUGCACCUGGACAUGCCGCUUUCUUCUGUUUACAAUCCAAAGCAACUGUGUCUGGUGCUUCUAUUGAUAGCUUUUGCUGGUGUGCUAGUCAUGAUCUACGUCAUCAGACCGGAUGUUCAGUUUGUGACAACUGCGUACAAUAGGUCCCUAGAAUUGCUCAAUGAACCUGAAAGCUCUAGAUCCGAACAUUUCCUACAACAGAGGAACUUACUGUCCGGCACACUGAACCACAUGAUGAUGUUGUACGGGCAACAGAGUUGUGAGAUGCUCAAGCUGAAACAGAUGGAUGCUCAUGUGUCGGAACACGGAGGUUGGUGUGCUGAAGCUAGCAGCCCUGGUAGUUCAAGUCACAAGUGGGAUCAGCGAUUUUCGCGUGCCUUGAGCAAGUUCUUUAAAGGCAAGUCUGUUGGGAGCUUUGGCGACGGGCCUGGGGCCUACAAGAGACAUCUGGACACGCUGAAGGAGGUCAAGAGCUACACGGCUUAUGAUGGGGCUCCGUACUGUGAGCUCGUCACUAACGGCACGGUGAUAUUCCUAGACCUAACAGUCCCCCAAUACAACCUUCCAAUCUUUGACUGGGUCAUCAGUGUGGAGGUGGGUGAACACAUUCCGGCCAAGUUUGAAGAUAUUUAUCUGGACAACUUGGCCAGACAUGCCAGGGAGGGUAUCGUGUUGAGCUGGGCUGUGCCAGGGCAAGGCGGGCUAUCCCACGUGAACACCAAACCUCUAGAAGCCGUGAAGGAUCAGAUGAAGAAGAGGGGGUUCCUCAUCAACCUCUCGGCCAGCACCCCCCUGAGAGAGGCAGCUACCUUCUACUGGCUGAAGGCAAACGUCUAUGUUUACAACCGACUCUCGCUGAGCUCUCUAGUGGAAGAAGAUGC